AUGGUGCGUGGCUGCAUCUGCGGUGGUUCGUGCGGUGGUGGAACAGGAUGCGCUGGCCCCACUCCUCCUCCCUUUUGUGUCCGCACUCCUCUCCAUUGCCGCUUAUGCCCAACGUUGCCACUGGCACCACCCACCAUCGAGGGGAGUAGGUGCAUGCUGUGCAAUGUCUGCACCUCCGUCCUCCUUCAUCUCCUUCCCCAUCAGCCUCGCACCCUCCCUCUCUGCGUGUCUCUAUUUCAUGACCGCGCGGCGCCUACUAGCCGUGGUGGCCGCCGCGUUUUUUUUUUUCUCUGUCCCAUUUGUGAAACCAGCGACGAAAACGACGCCCUUUUGCCUCCCUCGGCAGGCCUGCGCGGCGGCAUGUCUCUGACGUGGCAGAGGCGACCGUUCUUUCCACCCCAGCGCGCAGCGGCCAUGGACCCUGCGAUGCAGGAGGAGUCUCCUAUGCAUCUCGAUCUACUUCAAGGCGCGCCGCCGUCUGCCUCAGCCGAGCAAAAGGCAGAGGCAGCCGACGGCGGGCCAACAUGUGAGUCUGCGUCGCAGCGUGCCACGAUACCGCUCAAACGUGCUGUGACGUCUACUACCUGGGCAGCGGUGUGCCCGUCUCUCGCGAUGCUAGGCAGCGUUGGCGACAUGGAGUCCACUGUCGGCGGCUCGCUGCUGCCACCGCACCUCCUCGUCCACCCGCAGGGCUUCCGCAUCCUGAAAAAUGCCAGCGUCCUGGAGCGUAACAUGCGCAGCUACUUCCGACUUCCUCAGCCGCCUAACGCCGCCACACGCGAGGAACGACGCCGACUUCGCCGUAUCCUCGAGCGCAUCGAGGGCGAAGAGGUGCAGCGGAAGGCACGGGUGACAGGCAACCAGGAAGGCGUCGUAUUGGACGGUUUUCUUGUGCUGAGCGCGUGCGAAGCCGAAGAGCCGGAUGAGGUGACACAGGUGACGCUGCAAUCCUCACAGCUGUCGAGUAGCGUUGCGGAGGACUUGCAGUACUUUACGCACCUCACUUCGCUGAACUUGAGCGACAACCGCUUGCGCCUGGGCCAUGUGCUCCCGUUUCCCGGAUUAAAGGAUGUUCACCUCAUGUGCAACGGAAUUGCCUCUUUGGAAGAGGUGCCGCAGUUAAGCAGUUCCUCACUUGCCACCAUUACAGCGCUGAACCUUGCCUAUAACCGUAUUCCCGCAAAUCACCUAAGUUACUUGAAGGUGUUUGAUGCCUUGCAGCAGCUGGACCUCAGCCAUAAUGGCCUGCGCGCGUUGCCAAGAGACUUGUCGGGUCUGGCACACCUUACACACUUCGCGCUGGAGUCAAACGAGCUGUCUUCAUCGGAUGUGUUCUACGCACUGAGCACCAUGCCGGCGCUCGUUGAGGUGAACCUUGCGCGGAAUCGGCUCUCCUCUAUACCCCCGUUGAGUGCCGGCUCGUGCGAUGGCAACAGCGCCCUGCGCUGUGCUCCCUUUCCAUUCCUGCAAGUGAUGAAUCUGACAGGGAAUCGUUUCCAGCGCGUCGAGGCCCUCCGACCCUUGGCCGCACUACACCGGACGCUGCGCCGCCUCGCUGUUGGCGAGAAUCUCCUGCUGAACCGUCAACCGUAUCAGAAGGCUGAGGUACAGCGUGUGCUAGACGAGGCUGUUGUGGACGCGUACUACGCGGCGCUUCUUCCACCCCAGACGGACAGCAUUGAUCCCGGUGUGCCGCCGGAGAUGAUGAACACGUGGCACUGUCAGACCUGGACGCGCUACAUCCCUCAGCCGCAGGGCGAGGCGGACAUAUCCGAGAUGGACGUGGUGGAGGCGGCACUGAUCGACCCCUCUUCGUUGCGCGAUACCACCGCCUCCGCACCCGCGGCUGUGGCGUCGAACAUACUCGAAGAGGCCGAUUCAGGCGGCCUAGUGAGCGAAAAUACACAUCAUCAAGAUGGCGUCUCGCCACCGCUGCCGACCGCGGCGGAGUAUCUCCGCCGCUACCGAAUCCACGUUCAAACGCCGAGAGCCACUCCACCACCCCUGCCGAAGCAGCCAACGCGCUACUUCUACUCCUCGACAUUUCGACUAUCUGAACAGAGGACGCACGGCGUGAUGCCGCAUGUGACGCUACCCCCGUACAGCGAGUUCAUGGACGUCUACCGUGUGCUUGGCCGGCGUCGUCCGGCGGCACAAGGCCGAGGCGGCGGCGUUGCGCGGUCAGCUGCAGUACGACGAGCGGAGGCGCAGCGGGUGUCCCCACCGCAGCCAAUGUGUUUACCCAUGCUGCCUCACGUUCCCAUCCCACCCCGCACGGAGGCCACGGUCUCAUCGCAGCAGGUGGGCGACGAGGAGGGGGAUGAGGAGCCGGAGAGCGCGCAGAGGGGCAGGGGUUUUUUCUUGACCGGCCUGGACGACGCAGCAAUGCGGUCGCUAAGGGACGCCACCAGAGACCGAAAGGCGACCGCGGCGCCGCCACCUGUGGAGACCCAGCUAGAGUUGACCAACAAGCUGGCGUCUGUGGCGGCUGGCACCGCUGACGAGCCGCUCCCACGCACUCGUCUUCCCCGGUCGGUAGUAUCUCCUGCUGCAACGAACGUGCACGCCGCCAUCUCUGAGUUGCGGGUCAUGCUACGCAAGCCCUUACCCUCUCUGCCGUACGACUCAUCGCGCGCCAAGCUUACCACCAGGUGA